AUGGUGGUAGACUCCGGAGAAACCUUCUCAGACUCGGGCGACUCAAGCCGCCCUACUAUCGCGCAGACCCGUGUCAAAGUUCCCUUCCUGCUGCGGCACAGUCUUUUUAGCACGAUUUUAAUCUUUGGAGUUGGAUUGCUCCCUUUUGCCAUUCCCCUGGGCGUCGUCGCUGGCACACAAACCGCACUCCUGGAUUAUGGCGGCUCUUGGGUCGGGACCGGGAAGGUGCCAUUUGAAGUGCAUAUCGAAAGCAGGUGUCCUGACGCUCGAGAUUGUUUACAGAAACUGGUUGUGCCAACAUAUUGGCAAGUGAAAGACAAGGUGGAUUUUAGGAUCAGUUACGUUGGGGAGGUCUGGAAAGAGCCGAGGAAAGAAGUGACUUGUCAACAUGGGUGGAACGAAUGUGACGGCAAUAAGCUGCUUAUAUGUGCUGGAAAGUACGCAGGUUCCGUUGCUGAUGGCCUGGCGUUUGUCAACUGCGUAUUAUCCGACUACGAACGGGUCCCUGAACCCAAACUAAUUGAAGAAUGUGCAUGGGAGCAUGGCAUUGAUUAUGAUCAAAUUAAGGCAUGCGCAGACGGACAUGAAGGCCGGAAUCUGUUAAUCAGCAGUGUCGAACGCAGUGUUGCUGUGGAGGCCAAUUUCAGCUGCACUGUUCGUGUCGCUGGUGAGAAGUGGUGUUCGAGAGACGAUUAUGAAUGGCAAUGUGACAAGUACCACUAUACAGUUGAGAAUCUGGUCGAGGAAAUCAAGAAAUUAACUGAGGAGGAUGCAGACCGCCACUCCUAA